CUUCUGGCUCCCUCGGAAGCAGCCCGGCGAGAUGUCAGGCCUGCUCUCCGUCUUCCUCCACCUCUGCCUUCUCUGCAAGUUGGCGGCCCCGGUGACCUUCCGCCACCGCCGCUACGACGACCUCGUGCGGACGCUGUACAAGGUGCACAACGAGUGCCCCCACAUCACGCGUGUCUACAGCGUGGGGCGCAGCGUGAAGGGGAGACACCUCUACGUGCUGGAAUUCAGCGACUACCCUGGGAUCCACGAGCCCCUGGAACCUGAGGUCAAGUACGUGGGGAACAUGCACGGCAACGAGGUGCUGGGCCGCGAGCUGCUGCUGCAGCUGUCGGAGUUCCUGUGCGAGGAGUUCCGGAACGCGAACCCGCGCAUCCUGCGGCUGGUCCAGGACACGCGCAUCCACAUCAUGCCGUCCAUGAACCCGGAUGGCUACGAGGUGGCGGCCGCCCAGGGCCCAGACGCUUCUGGAUAUCUGGUUGGCAGAAACAAUGCAAAUGGCGUGGACCUGAACCGCAACUUCCCCGACCUCAACACCUACAUCUACUACAAUGAGAAGUACGGAGGCCCCAACCACCACUUGCCCCUUCCAGACAACUGGAAAAGCCAGGUGGAACCUGAGACGCGGGCCGUCAUCCAGUGGAUACGCUCCCUCAACUUUGUCCUCUCAGCCAACCUCCAUGGGGGGGCAGUGGUGGCCAACUACCCGUAUGACAAGUCCCUGGAGCAUCGGUUCCGGGGUUACCGCCGCACUGCCAACACCCCCACGCCCGACGACAAGCUUUUCCAGACGGUAUGCAGAGCGUAUAAUUAUAUGCACAUGUGGAUGCACCAUGGCUGGAACUGUGGGGAUUACUUCCCGGAUGGCAUCACCAAUGGGGCUUCCUGGUAUUCUCUCAGCAAGGGAAUGCAAGACUUUAAUUAUCUCCAUACCAACUGCUUUGAGAUCACGCUGGAACUGAGUUGUGACAAAUUUCCCCGCCAAGAGGAAUUACAUCGCGAGUGGCUGGGUAAUCGGGAAGCCCUAAUCCAAUUCUUGGAGCAGGUACACCAUGGCAUCAAGGGAAUAGUGCUUGAUGAGAAUAAUAAUUAUCUCCCGAAGGCUGUCAUUGCUGUCAGUGGGAUUAACCAUGAUGUCACCUCAGGUGAUCACGGUGACUACUUCCGGCUGCUGCUUCCAGGCACCUACACUGUCACUGCCACGGCACCUGGCUUUGACCCAAAGACUGUGACUGUGACCGUGGGUCCCGGGGAACCCAAACGGGUUGACUUCCACCUCAGGAGAAGCAUCCCUCAAGUAACCGAGUCCCCGGCGCAGCACCUGGAGGCAGACUCUUAACCAAAGCAAGUACACCCCCGGUAGCCAAGCGAAAAGAUACGGAGAUGGCAGCGGCCGAGUCCCUGCCGGAAAUCUCAGCGAUUCACUGCGGCCCAGGGAACACUUCAGAAGGGCUUUGGUGCUGCUCUCUGAUCACAUGAAGCAUUCUUUCUAUUUUAUCAUCUGGGACAUAUUUAAAUAUAAACAUAUUCAGGACAAUU